AUGUCGAACAGAAGGAACAAGCUUCUCCUCUCAGGAGCAGAACCUGACCGUGUUUGUGUCUCAGUGCUGCUGUUCGGGUCGGUUCUGUUGGCUUCCGCCUUCGUGGAGGAACUGGACGAUUCCUUCAUGGAGAGCAGAGAUCCAGAACACAUCUGGCUCAUCCAGUUCUACGCCCCAUGGUGUUCCUUCUGCAGACAUCUGGAUCCGGUUUGGCACCAGAUUGGAUCAGAACUCAGGAGCUUUGGGUCUCCAGUUCGAGUCGGCAAAUCAGAUGCUACAGUCAACACUGUUUUGGCCAAAGAGUUCAGAGUCAGGAAUUAUCCUGCCAUCCUCAUGUUAAAGAACAAUGUGAAGUAUAACUAUGCAGGAUCAAGAACCAAAGAUGGAAUCAUGGAGUUCUCUGAGCGGGUCUCAGGGCCGCUGGUUCGAACCCUGAGCAGCACACAGCUUUUUCAACACAACAUGAAACGUCAUGGUGUCCUAGUUGUUUAUGUGGGGGCAAUGUCAGAACUCAAGGGAAAUUACACAGCAGCAGCCGAGGAACUCAUCAUUCACACCUUGUUCUUUUCAACAUCCAGAGACAUCCUGCCAAAGACUGUGACUCUGACCUCGCUGCCUGCGGUUUUGAUUUUUAAAGAUGGGACAUUCUACAUCUACAGUGAGGAACUUGACGGUGACCUGAAGGCGUGGAUCAAUCGAGAACGUUUCCCGAACUUCUUUCAGAUUGAUGGCUACACUCUCUAUGCCAUGGGAGAGACAGGUAAACUGGUGCUGUUGGCCUUGGUGGAAGAGACACACCUCUGUGAUAGAAGCCUCAGGUAUAAACAUUUGGUGGAGAAGGUGGCCACGGAACACAAGGAGACGUACAGCAGGAGCUUCUACUUUGGCUUCAUGAAAGGCAGCGACUACAUCAACGGACUCAUCAUGGGGGAAGUCCUAGUGCCAUCAUUCAUCGUGGUUAAUCUGUCCAAUGAUGGUUACUUCCUGCCACCAAGUUCCCUGGAGACAGAACACCACCUGCUGGACUUCCUGGAAGGGGUCCUGAAUGGCAGUGUGGAGAGUCUGGGAGGAAAUGGUUUCAGUCAACGCCUCAGACGGGUAGCGUACGAAACCAGAACCACCCUGAUGCCCCUGUUCAGAGAUGCUCCAGGACUCGGCUGCUUCCUGUUCGGCUUCCCACUCUUCAUCUGCACCCUUUUCUGUUACCUUUGUAUCAGAAAGCGUCCCACUCAGACCGACAAUGAGGACACGUCACUACCGCGUCACAAAAAAACUACCGGCAAGAAGUCGGACUGAUGGGGACCACGAGCCCAGUUUUAUUAGAACCUUUUGUU